UUAGGUAGAGUCUUAGAAAAGAUUGGAUUGAGUGCAAAGAUAGUUAACGUAGUGCAAAGUAUGUAUGUGGACACAAGAGCUAGAUACAGGCUAGGAGACAUAGAAACAGACUGGGUGAAGAGUGAGAGAGGAGUUAGGCAGGGCUGUAUAUUGUCACCAACCCUUUUUAGCCUGUAUACAGAGGAGCUAGCAGCCAGGAUGAGAAGAAUGAAUGUAGGGGUAAGUGUGGGGAAUGAUAAAGUAUGUGUGCUCCUUUAUGCAGAUGAUGUAGUUGUUAUGAGUGAAUCGGCAGAUGAACUUCAAAGUUUGUUGGAUGUAGUGGAUGGCUAUGGUAAAGACUUUGGAGUAAGGUUUAGCAGUGAGAAAAGCAAAGUAAUGAUUGUGAAUAGAUCAGAGGAUGAAAGUAAUGUGGUAUGGAGACUUGGAGAGAAUGAGUUGAGACAGGUGCAAGAAUACAAGUACUUAGGGAUGUGGAUGAGUCCUAGUGGAAGUACAAAGGCAAAGAAUGAAAAGAUAAGUAUGGUAAACCAGUGGGUAGAUCGAUGGGAAGCGCGGCAAGGAUGAGAGCAAGUAAGUAUGAUGUGUUGAGAGAAGUGUGGAAGAGUGUGGCUGUGCCAUGUAUAAUGUAUGGUAUGGAUGUGAUUGCAUGGAAUGAAAGUGAAAUUGAUAAGUUAGAAGUGGGCCAGAACAAAGUAGCAAGGAUGGCACUGAGUGCACCAAGGUGCACAGCAGUUGAAGCCUUGAGAGGUGACAUGGGAUGGAGCACCUUCAGAGAAAGACUGACAAAAGCCACACUUAGGUACAAGAUUAGGCUUGAGAGAAUGGAUGAUGCAAGAAUAGCAAGGAAGGUGUACCUGUGGAAUGAAAGUGGAAGCAAAUGGAGGAAGAGAUGCAUGAGAAUGACAGACAGGAAUGGAUUGCAAGUUGUGUGGGCGAUAAGAAUGGCUGGGAGGAAUCAAAAUGAGCGUGAAUGGGUGGUAACAAGAGGAGGAAGAGUGGGAGCCGAAUGGGAUGUGAGAAAAUGGAAGAAUGAGAUAGACAAAGAAGUGAAAUGUGUGGGACUGAAUGAAUGGAAGAAUGAGAUGGAAAGAAAGAAGACCCUGGAAUGGUACAAGGAGAAAGAGGCCCCGAGGUAUGAAAGGUGGUAUGAUGGAAGCCUGGGCGGUGAUCUUCUCUUCCGAGCGAGGGCACAGUGUAUGGAUGUGAAUGCAAGGAGUUACAGGUGGUCUGAGUCCCGCAGCAAAGUGUGCCAGAUGUGUGACAUGGGAGAGGAUGAGACGGUGGAACAUGUGGUGCUGGAGUGUGUGCAGUAUGCCAGAGACAGGAAUGAGAUGAUGCAAGUGAUACUGACUGAGUUAGGGCAUGAUAGGAAUGAAAGAGUGGAGAAGACAGGAAAGGAAUGGAUGGUGUUGUUGCUGGGACUGGGUAGAGAGGCCAAUGAAAGGAUGAUUGAGGCGGUGAAAGAGUUUCUGGAGAGAAUGUGGCGUGCCAGGUGUAUGAACAAUUAGGAUAGAGGAUGCUGUUCGUUUCUCUUUUUUUUUUUUCCCCUUUCUACAGGAGUUGCCGAUCCAAAGGCCUGGCUCAGGAGUGAUCCUGUGCCACCUGUACCAUCAAGAUCAAGAUCAAGAUAUCAGAUGGUGAGUCUGCGUACAAAAUUGCAUCGGAGGGAUUGAUAGAGGCAGCCACAAUUAUCCAUCAUCAUCGGCGACACCAUGGCUCUUGAGAAGACAGACCUCGAUGACAGCGUGGUGAGCGAGGAGGGGGAGUCAACCAGCAGAGUAGGGGAGCAUGACCCCUACUUUGAACCUGUGGUGACCUUGCUGGAGGUCUUCGUGGUUAGUGAUGAUGACCAGGAGGAGGAAAUGAUAAGACUGAGUUUCGAGGUCAGGUCAGGCAGUACAAGCUGUUUCAUUAUCACACCUCUGAGUCGCCCCCACAGUGGAAGGAACGGGGCAUGGGGGCCAUUAACAUUCUGAGGAACAAGCAGAAGAAGGCUGUGGAGUUUGUUCAGCGGCAGAAUUAAUGCCAGUGGCUGAGUUCAGAUCCUCCAAGACACACACACACACCACACACACACAGCAGCCCCUCCACCUCCCCACAGCCCUCCACAGCCCCUGACACAGCAUCUAACACAGCCCCUUCACAGAACACCACAUACCUCACACAUACAUAAGAACAUAAGAACAUAAGAAAUAAGGGAAGCUGCAAGAAGCGACCAAGCUUACAUGUGGCAGUCCCUGUAUGAAAUAUACCUACCUAUUUCCAUCUGUUAUCCCCAUCCAUAAACUUGUCUAAUCUUCUCUUAAAGCUCUCUAGUGUCCUAGCACUAACAACAUGAUUACUGAGUCUCUUCCACUCAUCUACCACUCUUUUUGAGAACAAAUUUUUUCCUAUCUCCAUCCUAAACCCAAAUUUUUCAAGCUUGUACCCAUUAUUUCUUGUUCUACCCUGGUUGCUGAUCCUAAGAAUUUUGUCUACAUCCCCCUUGUUAUAACCCUUAUACCACUCAAAGACUUCUAUCAGGUCCCCUCUUAACCUACGUAUCUCUAAAGAAUGUAAAUUUAACAGCUUCAACCUCGCCUCGUAAGGAAUACUCCUCAUCCCCUGUAUCCUUUUAGUCAUUCUCCUCUGUACUGAUUCUAAUAGACCUAUAUCUUUCCUGUAAUGUGGGGACCAGAACUGCACAGCGUAGUCAAGAUGAGGUCUGACCAGCGCCAAGUAUAACUUUAAUACUACUUCCGGCCUUCUACUUUUAACACUCCUAAAAAUCACACACACCACAGGAGCCUCACAAACAGUCUCACAGCCUUCACAAGCAGCCCCACACUCCACCACAGACACACCAGACCCACAGCCCUUCACCUCACCCACUUCCCAGCCCCCCACAGCCCCCCAGCCACCACAAAUGAAGUGAAAGGAAGGGACUGUGGCUUCACCCAGCCAGCCAGGACAGCCUACAGAGAGGGGGUAGUCCCAGUCAAGUCACAAAAUAUAGGCUUGGUUCUUCCUACAGUUUGAAGUCAAUGGUUGGACAGGCCAGACAGCUUAGUGGCAGAGCUGCAGGUGGCCCUCGUCAGCUUCCUGGUGGCACAGGUGUAGGACAGCUGGGAGCAGUGGAGGUGCCUGGUGGAGCAGCUGUGCCGGGCAGAGGGGCUGCUGCUGCUGCUGCUGCUGCUGCUGCUGCUGGAGAGAGCCACACUUGUAUGGUGGUAACACGGAGAGGAAGUGGAAGAAACCUUGGGACGCUCCCAUAACUCAGGAGCAAGAAAUACACCUUACUGGAAACCUUGUGACUGACAGGUGGCAGUGACUGCAGGAACCAAUUCAGAUGUCUGUCUUGUGUUGGCGAACGUCCUGUCUGCAGUCAGGCCAGUAGUGCCAUGUCGCAGGGCGUGACAUCAGGUGAAGAGCCAAAUGGAGAGUGUCUGCAGCCAGUACUGGGUGUGCUGAUGCUGUACAAGUGUCGAGCCAGGUGCCACAGCACAUGUCAGCUGACUCCACCAGGGUAGUCUCUCUAGUCCAGGAUGCACUGCUGUGUACGACUUGUAUGUCUUUGCUAAUAAAUAAAUAUUUGUGACUAUUCUUAUUA